AUGGCUCCGAGACAAGGAUCUAGAAAGACACGGCCAAACUCUCGUGGCAAAAGCAACCGAAGAGCGGAUACAAUGGAGAGCGAAAGCGGGUUGUCUGUCGACUCAGCUGCAGAAAUGACAGAUUUAAUUAAGAAACUAAACAAUUCUGUAGCAGGAAGGAAAGCAGCUAAUGAUGGGCGCCAAAAAAUCCAGGCUCAGCACAAAGCCUGUGUCAAAAAGAUGGAAGAUAAACUGAAGGAGGUUUCUCAGUCAAACAGAAAAGCUAUUCUAGAAUACCGCAAAACACAGCUUGAAAGGCUAUCAGAGCUAGCAAAGAGGAAACUAGAAAUUGAGAAUGAGAUAGCCAAACACGUACUCUUCCUCGAGAAGGAGUAUAAGGACACAAGCCAGGCUGUGAAGGCAGUGUUGGAAGAAAAGAUAGAAACUCUCCGGAAAUAA